GUUUCGAAAUCUUAUAGUUGAAUAAUGAAAAGUGUUUCAACUGCACAAAAUAUUGCUAAAACGGUAUGAAAAAUAAAGUACUUUGAAAAAGUUUUAAACUAAAAAAUUAAAAUUUUAUUUUCGCGAUAGUGUUUUCGCCAAUUAGAAAAUAUUUGCGAAUAAUUUAAAGUGCCCACAGAUUUUUAGCAAACUCCACGCGUAAAAUUAAGCUUCGUAAAAAAGUAAAAAAGUGCAAAACUUUGCUAUCUUAAGAAAAAGUGCUGAAAAAUUUCUUUAUUUUCGCGGAUGCCUUUAUUAUAUGUAACAAAACACACACACGCGCAUGUGUCUAUGUAUGUGACAACUCACUCGUCGUUUAGUCAGCAAACGAGGAGGUGCUGGGCGAGCGUACAUUUUAUAUGUGUAGUUGUGUAUGUGAGUGGGUCGACGUCAAAUGCCUGCAGGCUGCAGCCUUCAGCUUUCCUGCCUUUGCGAUUUUCCACCGCACUUCGGGGCCGCACACACAAAUUGUCUUCGUGUACGAGCAUGUAACUUUUAAAUGCUUUCUACAUUUGCUUGUUUGCGUACAAGCACGAACGGCGAUAUCGUCACCGUUUUACGCGACAUGCUGCUGUCUAAUUUUUCUCAGUGCAUUCUUAUACAUUCUUUUAAAAAACAAUUCAAUUCAAUACAAUACAAUCCUAUAAGUUCGUUGGUUCGACGACGUUAGUGUAGUAGUUAUUAUUGUUGUUGCGCUGUUAAUAUACAACUACAAAUGCAAAUAUACACAUAUUUACACCCAAAGUGCAAAAAAAUCAACAGCGAUACUUUAUUAUUGUAUUACAAAGACAACUGAAGACGAGUGUCUAAAAAUUUAAUAAAAAAAAUUAAUUCAAAUAAUAAGGCGUAUAAUAAAUAUUUAUAAAAAAGAGUAAAAUAUUAAAGCGAAACACAAAAAGUGCUCAAAAGCGCAACGGAAGCAAGUAAAAAGUCAGCGUAGAGAAAAUAAACAAACGCGUCGCAUAACACGAAAGUAAGCGGCAAUAAAAAUAAAUAAACGUCAAAAUAAAAAUUAAAUGAAAUUACAACAAAUACAGAACAUAAACGCGGCUAAGGGCAGCAGCAGUGGCGCCUACAAAAUGGCCGAUCUAACGAAAAAAAUGUCGCCGGAUAAUCCUACACAGAUUUUAACCACACAUGAUUUGACCAGCUUACGUACCCUACAGCGUGUGAUCAACACCAACAAUAACAAUACAGCUGUUGACGACAGCGUCAAUUAUAACAGCCACGGCCACAACAACAACACUACCCGCAAUCACAAUUUCAAUCUCAGCCACAAUAGCAAUAUCAUCACAAACGGCAUACAUAAUCAUCACAACAACAGUAACGGCAACGCCAGUGGCGGUAAUCUUGUCUUCUCCACUAUCCCACUCGACGGCCACGCCCUGUUCAUCCAACCAUCGCACCUGUUGCCCGCGAACGCUGCCACUUCGCUCACCAGUAAGGGUUUGCAACAAGGUACGCAAACGCGCGGCCUGGUUACAGCAGCAACAAAUGGUUUACGCACCGUUAAUAGCAUUAACCAUAGCAACAUUAGUCCCGCCGUCAGCAACGCUACCAGUUUUAUCAGCAGCAGUAGCAACAGCAGCAGCAGCAACAAUAACAACAGUAAUAACAGUUUAAAUAGUUUUCUUGCCAAAGCAACCAUACUGAGCGCAAACCUCAGUAACGGUAAAGCGGGCGGCAAAAUAUUCAGCACCGGUGGCACAACUUUCAGCAGCAACACUAAUAACAUGCCCACCACAUCCAAAUAUGUUUUAUUACAGCCCAAUGGUAAUGGACAGUUUACCACCUACGAAGGUCCAACGCCAGCGGCGGCAGCAGCAAACGGCAAUGUGGCAGCGCCCAGCGUGGGCAACAUAGUGUUGCUUGCCACCGAACCGAUGGACUUGAAUGGUAGUGCCGCGGUGAGUGGUGAUGCCACUGCUGUUGGGCGUGUCAUUGCCACAACGACGAGUGUUACGGGUGAUAAUGAUGAGGAGCUGCGAUCAUUAGCGUGGCUGAAUGACAGCAAUUUGAUUAAAGGCAUAGUGACUACGAGUUCGGCGGGUGGUGCCGCCGGCGCCAAUGUAAAGCGGGGUGGUGUAGCGAAUAGCGGCAAUAUUUGCAUAGUAAGCGCUGGCAAUGCGCAUGAGCUGAUCGAGGAGCUGCCACAUCAUGUGGGUAGUGAGGAGGUAACCACCACCGCGCCCAGCGGCAAUGUCAGCACAACUUGUGCUGGCAUAAGCAAUAAUACUAAUAAUAACAACAACAACAUCACUACACCAACUGAGCUGAAAGCCAGCACACAAAUAACAGCGCUUAGCGUUGGCGAUCUGCAGCAACUCAAGCGUUUCGGCAAUAUAAUCACAACUGGUACACCGAUCACUUUGCUGCCACAGCACGACGGCACAGCUGCUGCAGCGGUUGGUAGAAAAGAUGAGCCGGCACACAUUUUCGGCAAUAUCAGCGGCAUUAGCGCCACGACUACGGUACAUAUGGGACCGAGCGGUACCACCACCGUUGUCGAGUACAAAUCGAAUGGUAAUAUACCGACGCUACAGCCGAGACAACUACUCAGUGCUGCCGGUGUUGGCAAUGCCAACAGUGGCACCACUAUAACGCCGACCAAUUUAAGCAGCAGCAGCAACAAUAGUGCAAAUAAUAACAGCAAUAAUAUAAAUUCUAGCAACUAUGUGCCUUCUUCACCUCCUUCGACUCACAGCACCCAUUCAGUUGUAGCCAGUACACCCGCUUCCGCCGCUGCUUCAAAUCCUGCCGCAUUAUCUGUUUCCUACUCGACGGCGCCCUCUACUCAGUUGAGCGUUGCCGGCGCCAAUAACGGUACGACAGUGCUUAGCCUGUCGAAGCAAUUGACAACGCUGCCGGGCGGUGUUGUUACGGUUACCAAUGGCAACGGCACGACUAACACAAUUUAUCAAGGACAACAACAGCAGCACCAAAAGCAACAAACUGUCACUAGUAACAACAACACAAGCAGCGGUAGCAGCGCUUCCAGCACCACACAUCACCCGCACAAGAAAUAUUUGCGCGAAAAGAUGAAUGUGCUGGAUCAUGGCGGUGGUGGUAGCAGUAGUGGUGGCGGUGGUGGUGUUAUCGCCAACACAACUGCCAACAAUGUCAACAGCACCAAUGGCACUGUUAAUGCCACAACUUCUAACAUAACCGUAGUCGCUUCGCCAGCUUCUUCGAGCAGUUCGUUUUCCUCGUCCGUCUCAGUGUUAUCCAGUUCAUCGUCCACGGCCGCUGUUAACGGUGGUAAUAGUCCAGUUUCUAAGUCAUUCUAUGCUGGCGCAGCCAACAACAAUCACAACACCAGCGCUGUUAACGGCAGCAGUAGCAGUAGCGGUGCCAUAAACUACUCCAGCACGGCGAAUACGACGCCGACAGUGGUGCUGGGCAGUGUGUCAGCAGUCGCCACAAAUAGCGUCCACACGAUCACCAGCUCGCCGGUGGCAGCGGGUGUGCCGCCCACAUACGCCAUAAUGCAGUACCAAAGUGUGGCCUCCUCACCAAGCAUGUCCUCGCCAGAACCAAAUAAUUCCAAAGAAAUGUAUCCACUGGUUGCACCUCAGCUACAGCAACAACGCAACUCGAUGCGUUCACCCACCUCCUAUUCCAGCUAUGAUAAUGACUCAUUGAAGGAUUUCGAAAUAUCCACCAAUGGUUCAAGCGGCUUAAGUCGCAACAAUACCAGUACACCACAACAUCAAAUGCAUCAGUCCACGCAAUCGCAACAACUGUCGUCUUCAGGUUCAUCGGCAUCCUCGAAGAAUAGCCAUAAUGGUAGCACUGGCGGCGGUGGAGGGUCAAAUGCGAACGGUGCCGUCACACCGCAAAAGCAAAAGCAUCCGAACAAUGUGCCGUACGAUCCAUUCGUGCACACACACAACAAACCGCCCUAUAGUUUUAGUUCCUUAAUAUUCAUGGCCAUUGAGGGCUCAAACGAGAAAGCUUUGCCCGUUAAAGAGAUCUAUGCUUGGAUUAUGCAGCAUUUUCCAUAUUUCAAGACAGCGCCAGCUGGUUGGAAGAACAGCGUUCGUCACAAUUUGUCGUUGAACAAGAGUUUUGUUAAAGUGGAGAAAGCGCCGAAUAUGGGCAAGGGCUCGCUUUGGCGCGUGGAACCACAACAAAGACAAAAUCUCAUACAAGCGCUAAAUCGCUCGCCAUUCUUCCCCAACUCGGCCGUUGAUAAGUCGGCAUCGCUGAAGAGCCCUGGCGGCAAUGACUCACUGGUUGGCUACGAUACAGUCGACAGUGUAGGCAGCAGCGGUGGCGGCGCCUGCAGUCCAGCACCUAAAUUAAACAUAAAUCCGCGGAUUGAUCCGCGACUGUAUCCUAAAUUGUCAAAAGUUAUUGGUGGGCAGGAUGUGCCCGACGAAGACACUCCGUCCGACUAUAGUACAACAAAUCAUAAUAACAAUUUAAAUAAUCACAAUAGCAGUAGCAACAACAAAUACAACACUUAUAAUAGCUCACCAGUGCAACAGAAUGGUGUCAGUGGUGGUAGCACUUCCAUAUUGGGUCCUUUUAGCAGCUACGAAAGUAUCGAACGCUUGGCACGCGACUGUGGCGCUGAUAGCAUCGACGAUGUAAACGCUGCAACGGCAAUGUUGGCGUUGAAACAUGGCCCUAAGGUGUUUGCAGAGACCUUCCAGAAUGGUGCGCCCGUUAUAACAUCUUCACCAAGUGAGGAUCACACCUACUCUGCUGGUGGGGGUGCAGGCAGUGGCGCUAGUGCCAACAGCGGUUCUACAACACCAGUAGCCAAUGGCAAUGUGGCACCGUUAGCCUUGAAUGGCAAUACACAUCAUGUAGUUAAUGGUACACAGCAGCAGCAAAAUGGUUGCAAUGGCGAUAAUCAAAGCAAUUACACUUCCUCCGAUGCGGCAUACGAGAGCAGCGAAGAUAACAAUAACAUCACGCCCGAAGAGUUGGAGGAUCAACGGCGUCAACGUGAGGGCGUCGAUGCAUUGCUCUCGCUCUCACGUUCCUCCGUUGUCGAAUCACCAACAAAGCGACCGUCAUCGACCAGCGUCGAAGAAGAACACCUUACCGCCUGCCUUGAAAACAACAAAGUCAACAACAACAAUAAUAAUAGUAAUUUCACCAAUGGUAACGGUAAAAUGGCAUUACUUACCAGUGCGGUUGCCUACAGUCAACAACAGCAACAUCAUUUGUACGAGGACAGCAGCAGCUUUCAUUCGCCCAGCUAUUAUGGCACGGCACACAGUGGACCACACCAAUUGCACCACCAUCUCGCCUUAGCCGGUGGCAGUGCACAGCGUAAAAUCAAACCCUUGCGUAGUCUGCGCACAAAAAUCAAGCGCAAAGCGCCAUGGAUGAGCAAGGCACGGUGAGCGACAGCUUUUGUGUGUAAGUGGAAAAAUGUACGGAAAUAAGUAGUGCAGGAGUUGGGGGGGCUGUGGGGACAAAGAAUGAGUUUAUGCUGGGCAUAUAAAGACUAUACAUACAAUAAUGUAUGAAAUUUUAAAAAUUUACAAACAGUGCAUAUAUUUAGGCUUGGUAAAAAAACAACAAAAUAAUUUAAGUGUUAUACGUACGUAAGCAACAAAAAGGCGAAAAGAAGAAGAGCAAUGCGUUUAACGUUCUGGUGGCCCUUAAGUUCAAUUUAAGUAGCAUUUCGCAUUUUUACUUCCUAAUUAGGAGCCAUGUGAAAAAUUCUAUCUGAUAAAAAAAAAAACGUUAAUGACCAAUGCAAAUACAUACUUUUUGACAUUUGCCAAGUAAAGUUUUACGAAAAUGUGAAAAAACAUACAUAUGUGUUUUUCAGACUGCGAAAUAAUUCGUUAGGCGGUAAUACUUACAAAUAAAAUGAUUUGCGUUCGUCGACACCUGGUAAAUUCAAUUCAGCGCUUGUAAAAGUAAAUUUUAUUUAAAACUCACUGCACUUACGUUAAUAAUUUUGAAAUCUUUUGUGGACUUACAAAUUAUAUUACUAAAGCUUACUUUUGCUGAUAAAAACAAUGAAAAAUGUUAUAUUUAUGCACAAUAAGUGCUGCAGAGAAGUUUUAAUGCGAAAACGUGCACUUCACGUGCUAUAAAAAACUUGGCAAAAUUAAACUUUUACAGGUAAAAUAUGCAUUGAACGUAGUACCAGACGGGCUGAAUAUAAGUGAAAAUACAGAAAAAAAUGUAAUACUCGCGCGCUUAAUACGAAUUAAAAUGGCGAAAAUGUUAGUGAAAUAAUGCGCAGCGUGCUGAAUAUCAAUUGAUACGUUUAAAGUAUUAAUGAAUGUGGUAAAUAUGCUAAAAUCAUUGCUAAGCGCUUUAGAGUACGGUAAAAUGAUAUUAAUUUAUUAAAAAGCACAUUGAAUAUCA